AUGGAGGCAUACUGCAACGCAGUGCGCCGCCUUGAAGAUAGGUUCGAUGGCCUGGAACUCAACCAUGUCCCGCGCAAGUACAACGAGGAUGCAGACGAACUAGCUAAGAUCGCGUCGGGGUGGACCACCGUUCCCCCGAACAUCUUUGUUCGUGACAUCACCAAACCCUCAGUCAAUUUCAAGGAUCCAGAGGAACCAGGCCCCUCGGCUGCGGAGCUCUCUGACGGGAACCCCUCGGCGGACGAGGUCGAGCCCAUGGAAACAGAAACUGAAGCAUCCUCGGAGGACGAGGGUGAGGCAAUGCAGAUUGACGAGGCUCCACUAUCGCAAGACUGGCGCGACCAGUACCUCGAUUGGAUCAACCGAGGGGUGCUACCCUCGGAUCGCGCUCAAGUGCGGCGCGUCGCCAGGAGAGCCAAGUCUUUCGUCGUGAUCGACAGAGAGCUCUACAAGCGCAGCCCCUCGGGGGUCCUGCAAUGA